AUGAGCAACUUUCAAAGAAUCCUCCGGCCGCGCACAGCCAUCGGCCUCACGGGCGCCGUCGCCGCCUGCAUCUUCGUCUACAACAAAACCACCUCCAAAUCCACCCCUUACCCGCACAAAGGAUCCGCCGCGGCGACAACGACGACGGCAGAGGACGGCGCGGAAGACGAAUAUGACCUUCUCAUCAUCGGCGGCGGCGCGACGGGGACGGGCAUCGCGCUAGACGCCGUAACGCGCGGUCUCAAAGUAGCGCUGGUCGAGCGCGACGACUUCUCCGCCGGCACGUCCUCCAAGAGCACCAAGCUCGUGCACGGCGGCGUGCGCUACCUGGAAAAGGCCAUCUGGAACCUCGACUACGCCCAGCUCGAGCUCGUCAUGGAGGCCCUGCGCGAGCGCAAGACCUUCCUCUCCGUCGCGCCCCACCUGUCCAGCGCGCUGCCUAUCCUCCUCCCCUGUCCCGCUGGUGGCAGGCCCCUACAUCGCCUCGAGGGCUCCUACUACCUGAGCAAGGAGAAGAGCUUGGAGAUGUGCCCCUUGCUCCGCGACGAUAAGCUCGUUGGCGGCCUCGUGUACUACGACGGCCAGCACAACGACUCGCGGAUGAACGUGUCCCUGGCCAUGACCGCCGGUCUGUACGGCGCAACCGUCCUCAACCACGUCGAGGUCACGAGCCUUGAAAAGGGUGCCGAUGGUAGGAUCCGCGGCGCCAAGGUCCGCGACGUCCUCGCCGCCGACGCGGGCGACGCGCAGGCGGGCGCCGAGUUCUCCAUCCGCGCCAAGGGCGUCAUCAACGCCACGGGGCCCUUUGCCGAUGCCGUCGAGCGCAUGAACGAUCCGUCCCGCAAGCCCAUGAUUGCGCCGGCGUCGGGCGUGCACGUCAUCCUGCCGGGCAAUAUCUGCCCCAACGGCAUGGGCAUGCUUGAUGCCGCCACCUCGGAUGGUCGCGUCAUUUUUGUGCUGCCCUGGGAGGGCUUCACCCUCGCGGGCACCACGGACAACUCGUGCCUUGUGGAGCAGAACCCCCUGCCCGGCCAGAGCGACGUCGACUUUAUCCUCAAGGAGACGAACAAGCUCCUACGCCCUGACGCGGUUCUAACCCACAAGGACGUCCUCGCGGCGUGGUCCGGCAUCCGACCGCUUGUCAAGGACCCCAACGCGAAAAACACCGAAUCCCUCGUACGCAGCCACCUCAUCACCGUCUCUCCCUCCGGCCUCCUCUCCUGCGUCGGCGGCAAAUGGACCACCUACCGCCAAAUGGCCGAGGAAGCCGUCGAUGAAGCCAUCAAGACCUUCCACCUCAAGCCCAAGACCCUCGCCCUCCCCGACAUCAGCGGCGCCGGCCUCCCCGGCUUCACCACCACCGGCGCCUGCGUGACCCGCGGCGUGCGCCUCCUCGGCAGCCACGGCUAUACCACCGCGCUCGCCGCCCAACUCACCGAAGCCCACCCGGGCCUCGACGCCGCCGUCGCGCGCCACCUCGCCUCCAACUACGGCGACCGCGCCUGGGCCGCCGCGUGCACCGUCGUGGAUGCUAUCGCGCGCCGCACCCGCCUGUCUUUCCUCGACGUCAAGGGUGCUCUUGAUGCCCUGCCCCGCGUCGUCGACGUCAUGGCUGACGAGCUGAGCUGGGACGCUGCUAGGAAGGAAAGGGAGAGCGCGGAGGCCGUUCGCUUCCUAGAGUCGAUGGGCCUUGAUCAGGCUGAGGCGCGUGUUGGCGUGAGCGAGGUGGUCAAGAUUGGAGGCCGCCUACUGCGGCUCCCCCACGAGAUCCUCGCCUGCAUCGUCGCCUUCAUCGCCGAUGACGCCCGCACCCUGGCCACCCUCGCCCAGGUCAACCGCGACUGCCGGCAGCUCGCGGGCUCCUGCCAGUACGCCAACCUGACGCUCGACUACAGUAAAGCCUCCCCCGGCAUCCUCCUCGACAACGUGGUCAGCCCGACCUUCAUCGGCCCCUGCAUCCGCACCCUGACCGUGCAUUCCACGCCCAACAAGGUGGCCGACUUCCACCGCGACUUCUUCAGCGUCGUCUGGGACCGCGCCCCGGCCGCAUCCCCCGAAAAAAUCUCCGAGCUGCGCGACAAGGCCCUCGCCCAAUACCUGACCAUGUACCGCGCCCCUUUACUCUCCGCCAUCGAGUACGCCAUGCCCCACCUCGAGUCCGUCUCGUGGUACGACGGCGUGUGCCUCGACGAGGAGUUCUUCCGCGUCGUCACGCACCUCCCCAUCCGCCACCUCAUGCUCUCCAAGGCCCACCUCUGCCACGGCGGUCACCACAAGGCCAAGCAGGCCGACACGGUGUCUCCCCUCCUCGCCAGCCUGCUCCGCCUCUGCGCCGCCACGCUAGAAAACCUCGCCAUCGGGCCCAUGCUCGGCGAGAGAAUGAUUUCCUUGAUCUGUGAUGGCCCGGCCCUGGUCCUCCCCGAACUCCGACGCCUCGACCUCUCAGGCACCACCCGCCGCUUCGACACCGCCGCCUGGCACGCCUUCUUCUCCGCGCCCCUCCGCCACCUCGCCCUGCCGGCCAAGACGAGCGAAGAGUUUGCCCACGCCGCCGCCGCCACCCGGGACCCCGGCGCGCCCGACGAGCUCGUCGCCUUCAUCGCGCGCCACCCCCAUCCGCAAGCUCUGCGUCGGCCAGGCGUCCCCGAGCUGCUCAACACCAAACUCAUCCCCCUCCUCACGUCUGGCGCGCGCGGGUACGGCGGCUGGUCUAACCUCACGUCCCUCUCCCUCUCCUGGGCCGGCCCGGGCACCGAGGAGGCCACGCGGCCCAACAUCGCCGUCGUGUCCGACGAGUGCCUCGCCGCCAUUGGUACCAUUUCUUCCCUCGAGCAAUUGAGCCUAAGCGCUGGCGAAUCCGCCGAAUGGCGUCACCAGUGGCUCGUCGACCACGAGUCUGUGCGUUGGGCUCUGCGUGGCCUGUCCAACCUCCGCCGGCUCGCGUUUGUGCGCGACACCUACGUCCCCGCCGGUCUUGAGCCUGGCCGGCACGUCGAAGCUUACUACGAGCGCUACCUACACAUGGAACUCACCACGGAGCAGCGCACGCUUGCCCUUGCCAGGCCGGAGCUCGGCGGCAUUAGCAGUGCUUGGCUCUGGGAGCGGUACCACCGGAAUCGUAUGCUCGACGAGGCCGAGGCCUACGCGGCUGUCAUGCCGCAGCUGGAGUGGAUGUAUUGUGGGCAAUGGCCUAUCGGUAUACACGAUGAUGAUGAGGCAGACGGCGAUGAAGGGCAGACGCGGCCGGAAGGUCAACGGCUACGCGUCGCGGUGCCGCUUCAUGAUAAGAGGGACUCUUGUAGCACUCUCCGCAAACGCAUGUUUGCCAUGGACCAAGACAUAGGGCCCCCGCCCGCUGCCGAUGCCGAAUCGGAAAAGUCUACUGGUGGUCGCAUCGAGAUUGUGGAAGCAUCGAGGUUCAGUAAUCUGCUCAAGGUCCACCCUCACGACAACCAUGAAGUUCUUCGCCAUCCUCCCCUUCUUGCCCUCGCCUCUGCCUCCGCCUUGGGCUCGGACCUCGGCAAGGAGACCCAUGACAUCCUCGUGAGGGAGCGCAUGUCCGUCAACCCCGAGGCCCAGGGCGGCAUCCUCGAGGACCGCGACCUCAGCAAGCGCGCUUGCAAGAACAACGGCUGCAAGUGCCAAAAGAUCACCCAGGGCCAGUACUGCGGUCUUUGCUGGAGGAACAACGACUUCAUCGUCACCAAGCUCGGCACGGGCGGCGCCUGGAACCACGUGUACGAGUGCAACUCGAACGGCGGAUGCUGCGACUACGGAUACGCCAAGGACUGUGACUUGCAAAAGACUUCUAUCCGCUGCUAA